AUGGCUUUUUCUGGUUUGAGCCGAUUUCAACGACUGCCAACAUGUGUAGUUCGAAAAGAAGCCUUUUACUUUCCCCUCCUCAUAGCACCGCUUCCAACUCAUGUUUCCGGUUUUGUUGGCAAUGAAAUUGCCAACAAAAUCGUCAUCAUUUACUGUCAACCGUCUGUCGUGAUACGGCGUCGCGCCAAUGAUUUUACGAAAAUUGACGCCUGCUUUGAAAACAUAAAGCUAGAAUUACGGCUUCAGCAGGACAUACAUCUUCAAACUUAUCCUUGGCAAUUUUGUGCAGAAGUUAUAUUGUUGGGUCAUAUUUUUUGCUAG